AAAGUAAUUAUUAGAUUUUCAGCAAGCACCAGUAAAUCAACAUUAUACUGUACUAGUGGGAGCUAACAGCAACACAACAUUAAUCCUUGGUGCACCUUAAUCCUCAUGGAACCUUGAGUCAAUUUUUGGUUCAUAGAAUCUGAGAGUCCAGAAUUAUGUGCGUGAAAAAUGUCCAUUUUGAGUGCUUAGUGUUACAGUCCUCACAGGUCACGCACUUCCAUCUCUUAAGUUUUUUCCAACAGAGGAAACAGGUGUUCAAGGGAAGUAUAAAUGACCUAAAUAAUCUUUUAGAAUUUGGGUAAUGUAUAUUAGAAGUGAAUGGCUCUAUCUGCCAAGUCAGGAAUAUUACUCACCAACAGAAGAGGAGUAAUAGGAGCAAUAUACAGGGAGGGGCACCAUGUCUUAAAUAGGUGCACCAGCCCUCUUACAGGUGCACCAGCCCUCUUACAGGUGCACCAGCCCUCUUACAGGUGCACCAGCCCUCUUACAGGUGCACCAGUCCUCAUACAGGUGCACCAGCCCUCUUACAGGUGCACCAGCCCUCUUACAGGUGCACCAGCCCUCAUACAGGUGCACCAGCCCUCUUACAGGUACACCAGUCCUCAUACAGGUGCACCAGCCCUCUUACAGGUGCACCAGCCCUCUUACAGGUGCACCAGCCCUCUUACAGGUACACCAGUCCUCAUACAGGUGCACCAGCCCUCUUACAGGUGCACCAGCCCUCUUACAGGUGCACCAGCCCUCUUACAGGUGCACCAGCCCUCUUACAGGUGCACCAGCCCUCUUACAGGUGCACCAGCCCUCUCACAGGUGCACCAGUCCUCAUACAGGUGCACCAGCCCUCAUACAGGUGCACCAGCCCUCUUACAGGUACACCAGUCCUCAUACAGGUGCACCAGCCCUCUUACAGGUGCACCAGCCCUCUUACAGGUGCACCAACCCUCUCACAGGUGCACCAGUCCUCAUACAGGUGCACCAGCCCUCAUACAGGUGCACCAGCCCUCUUACAGGUGCACCAGCCCUCAUACAGGUGCACCAGCCCUCUCACAGGUGCACCAGUCCUCAUACAGGUGCACCAGCCCUCUUACAGGUGCACCAGCCCUCUUACAGGUGCACCAGCCCUCUUACAGGUGCACCAGCCCUCUCACAGGUGCACCAGUCCUCAUACAGGUGCACCAGCCCUCAUACAGGUGCACCAGCCCUCAUACAGGUGCACCAGCCCUCAUACAGGUGCACCAGCCCUCUUACAGGUACACCAGUCCUCAUACAGGUGCACCAGCCCUCAUACAGGUACACCAGCCGACUCGCCACCCAGUAGCACUCAGAGCGGGUGAGGCUGAGCUGUGAGCUAUGUUAUUGUUCAACUCGUAAUUUUAGUAGACGUGUAAUUUUCUUUCCUUUUUUUCACUUUUAUAUGCACACACAAUUAUUCAUUUAGAAUGUGUGAAAAAUAAAUAAAAAAUAAUAAUUAUCAUAAGGUCAAAAACAGAAAGAGAAUUAAUAUUUCUUUGUGCCAGCUGUGAGCCUUUAUGGUUAUUUUUCAGCACGUAAUUUCGAGUAGAUAUAUGUAACUUUCUUAACGAUGGCCUUUUAGGGUCCCUAAUCCCAUCAUAUAUCAGUCAACACCUGUUCAUACACACUCAAUCAUACAUACAUAUUGUGUGUGAGUUUGCGGGCUGAGCGGGAAGAGGGAGCAGAGUGUGGAGGACGUUGCCAGAGAGCCGGCAGAGGCAGCGUCCCAACUGGGUUACGAUGCUGUGAUAAUUGUUGAGGCCAAGCAACCAGCAUUAUUGCAAAUGGCAGUUGUUUUAAACUUUCAAUGGUUUUAUCUGUAUUUAUCAUCUAGAUUGUAUAGAAAUAUUCUUUGAAGUGGCACAAUCGUUAAAUAACAUGAAAAGGUAGGUGGCAUGGUUUAUGAAUGCUGGAAAAUAGGAACAAGUACUGUACUGGGAGUUGUGAGUUUGCUGCAGCCAUUUGACUGACUGUGUAGGUUUAUUUUUCAGUAUCUUAUACUAGUUUUGUAUUUGUAAGAAUAAUACAAGACUCGUCACCAUAGCCACAUCCCCCCUAGUCCUCUCCUUAUCACUCCAGGUCAGGGUGUCAGAUAUUUUGGGGUUAUUUUUAUGCUCUUUAAGUUCAGGUAGAUACCUCCAUACAUAUUUUUUUCCUACAGUAUUUUUCAUUCACAUAUAAUAUUACAUACAAAAUCUGCCAAAAAUAACCAUAAGGUCAAAAACAUAAAAGGGAAAAACUUUCUAAUUGUGUUUAGAGUUCACACUAAACGUGAGAGGGGAGAGGUGAGGCAUUCCAGCUGCUCUGAUCUGUCUGCUGUGUUUAGUGAAGUAAUUGACAAAUUAUAUUGUCCAGCAGCCAAAUGGCAAUACAGUUACAGUACGUUAUAGUAAUUUUUUAUAUAUUGGUGUUAUUUUUACUUAUUCCUCACAUUGAUUGGUACCUGUAUAUAUUAUUACUCUAUAUCUUAUUUCUCAUAGGAGUUGGUAAUUGAAGGGAAUUCAGCUUCAAAGAUGGUAACAUUAUUCAUAAUAACAUCAGCUGUUGUGGUGGUGGUCACGGCCAAGACUUGUUGGUGUUGUCUCGCUUCAAACUAUGUCUAGGAUUUUACCUCGUAUUUUUUAAAAGCUUCAUUAUUUUGUAUUGUUGUGAUUCAGGCUGGGCAUGCGGGACCAUGUGGUUCCCGCCAUAUAUAUAUAUAUAUAUAUAUACACAGUACUCUGUAUUUUUUUGAAUUUUAUGCAUUGAUUAUAUUGUACGACUAUUACACAUUGCAAUUGUCUUCU